GUGCACUCACUCGGAAGCUGUCCUACGUCGCCGUUGCGUUGCCGCAUCGAUGCAGUGGCGGGGCAGCAAAAGCGAAGCGCCGGGUGCCGCGCUGCCAUUACCGCGUCGCCGCACCGUACGCAUGCGCGGCCACUCGCGGUCCUAGCGCGGGAAACACGUGCACCAAACAUCGGGAAAAGUUGCGAGUUUUGAAUUUCGAACAGAGACGAUCUUUAAUAAUAUAUUUCUUUAAUUUUACUCUGUGCCAGUGUUGUUUUUGUAGUAGGAAUUCUAAAAUCUCAGUAUGAAGUACAAGGUGAAGGAUGUGGACAGCGAGAGCCAGCACUCGGUGAAAAGCCCCGACGACACCAGCCGGCUCGAGGAGAAACUUGAGCGCACAGUGCGAUGUUCAUCUGUGCUGAUCGGCGCGCUGGGCCUGUCGCUGAUAGCCCUGGGGGUGUACACCACGGUGCUGGUGCUGGGGGAGUACAAGAGCCCGCGGCCCUGCCUCAGCGAGGAGUGCGUCGCUACAGCUUCAAGGAUGCUCGAGUCCUUAAACAAAGAGGUGAAUCCGUGUACCGACUUCUACGAGUUCGCGUGCGGCGGUUGGAUCAAAAAGAACCCGGUACCCGAGUGGUCCACGUCCUGGGACCAGCUGGCCAAGCUGCGGGAACAGCUAGUCAGCGACCUCAGGGAACUCCUCGAGGCUGAUGACGAGCCCGAUCUGCCAGCAAGCGUGAAGAAGGCCAAGUCGCUUUACAGGACCUGUAACAAUGUCGAAAAGUUGGAAGCUGAAGGCAUAAAACCCAUCCAAAAAGUGUUGGAGAAGCUGGGUCUUCCCCCGCUGCCGCCCAGCGAACCAACCGUCAAUUUCACCUGGGUGGUGCCGGCCGGCCGCGCGCGCCGCAUGCUCGGCCUCAACGUGCUGCUCAGCGUGCAGAUCGCUGAGGACGUCAGGAACACUAGCAGGAACCGCAUCGUGAUCGAGCAAGUGUCACCCGGGUUCAGCGACCGCUACCUGCUGCAGCCAGAACAAUUUGCGCACGAGGUGGCGCAGUACCGCAAAUACAUUCGUGACGUCAUCGCCAUCGCCGACCCCAAAGCCGACGCCGACCGCUUCGCCGACGACAUCGUUGACUUCAGCAAGAGCCUCGCUAAGAUAAUGACUCCUGUAGAAGUCCGCCGCAGCGGGACUCACCUGUUCCAUGAAGUCAAUGUGCUGCAGUUGAUUCAGGGCUCCAACGGAGGACCGGCCGAAUGGAAAUUGCACGACUGGGAGCGAUACCUGCAGCUGGUGUUCAGCGACAGCGACGUACAGCUACAGGAUGCCGACCGCGUCAUCGUGAUGGACCUGCCCUACCUGCACCGCCUGGCCGCGCUGCUGGCCACCGCCCCGCCCUUACUGAUCGAGCGGUUCCUGUGGUGGUCGGUGUUCUCGACGCUGGCCCCGAUGUCGCGCGCGUCGUUCCGCGAGCUGGGAUUCGAGUUCUCGCGCGCGGUCUUCGGGCUGCAGCAGCGCACGCCGCGCUGGAAGGCGUGCACGGCCAACGUUAACGCCAACUUCGGCGUCGCGCUCAGCUACCUCUACGUCAGGCGGCACUUCGCCAACCACUCAAGGGAGAAGGCCAUCGAGAUGGUUGAGGACGUCCGGCAUGCGUUUGCCGACGAGGUGGAGCAGCUGGAUUGGAUGGACAGCAGCACGCGUCUCAAAACUUUGCGCAAACUGCGCGCCAUCCGCAACUACGUCGCGUACCCCGCCUGGCUGCUGCAGGCCGCGCGCCUCGACCAGCACUACGCGCACCAGUGGUGGUCGGCCGCCACGUUGGAGCACUACCACGGCAAGGUGCAGUGCAUCAUCGAGCAGUACAGCCGCUACCACAUGCCGCAGCUACCUAAUUAUACGGGCGAGAACAUCGCGGACAACGGCGGCCUGCGCGCCGCACUCCGCGCCCGCGCGCUGCACGCCGCCAGGCAUCCUGCCGCCGCGCGCGACACGCUGCCCGCGAUGCCUUAUAGCCCCGACCAACUGUUCUUCUUAGGAUUCGCACAGAUAUGGUGCGGGAACUCGACUGUUGGCGCGCUCAAAUCCAAAAUGGUGGAAGGCGUGCACAGUCCCAACAAAAUCAGAGUGAUAGGCACUCUGAGCAACUCCAAGGAGUUCGCCGACGCGUGGCAGUGCCCGCUCGGAUCACCCAUGAACCCCGAACACAAGUGUGUGUUGUGGUGACCGACGCUCAAGCUAAUUUGUGAUCUUAGAUUUAAGUCCACCAAAGACAUUUACUCUGCUAGGUUACCUUAAAGUUACCGCCUUAGUUUUAAUAUAAUUGUACAAAUAAUAUCUUUGAAACAGCGUAACAAUGCGCUGAAUUAUAGCAGAACCAUUGGUAUGUGCAUAUUUUUAUGUAAAUUAGGAUCAUAAAACAUUAUGAAGACUGAACGAAGGAUAACUUCCAGUGUUUUAAGGAAUGACUAUCAAAUUAGGUUUAACAAGAAUAUUAAUAUGAUUGUACUGAUUGGACAUAUUUUAAAAUAACUGUUAUGAUUACAAAGUGUUUGAAAUUUGUGCAUUGUCAAUUUAUAAAAACUGAAAAAUAUUUAUUACAAUUAAAAGAUAAAUAUAUACAAAACAAACAUGUAUUUUUAUUUUUUUCUGAUAUAAGGAAAUUCAUAUACAGGUGCAGAGACCUUGGUUCCCUUCUUGAUUUUCUUUGGCUUAAGUAUUUUAGCAUCCUGGAGAUGGCGUUUCAUUUCCAUUUUCCUCUGAAUCAAUGUAAGUUCCUUUUCUCUCUCUAUCCUUUUGGUUAUCUCUUUAUAAGUUCUUUCUUUCUUUUUCUUUAUGCUUUCCACUGUUUUUGGAUCAACAUUUGGUAAAGCCAGUUUGUUUAAAUCAGACAGUCUAGGUCUGUUCGAUUUUCUGCCCAGUAGUGAAGGAUGGGUGUCGAGCCUCUUGGCAACAUCAAAUGUCUUCUCUUCUCCCUCAUCCACAUAGAAAAUGUGGGUGUUUGGGGUUGAAUCUGCUAUCUCGGUCAUAUGCAAGUGGGACUGUAAUCUAUUAAUUCGCCUGCUUUCAAUAGUUCUCUUCAUAUUGAUGUACUUAAUAUCUUGUGUUUGCAUCAAUUUCACCUGUUCUGGGGUAUAUUCGUCAUCUUUUUCCAAUUCAUGAUGGAUACCACCUUUUACUCUGGAGUUUAUCAUGUGAUAAUAAAACUCAUCAGGAUUUUUAUCAAGUGUGCGCUUCCGCAAAAGCUUGAGGGUCUGUCCUUUUUCAUGAUAGUCUUCAGCCCUUUUCUUGUAAUCUUUUUUCUUUUCUAACAGCCCAAGGUGUUUCCUGGACUCUGGCUGGUGUCUCUCUUUGUGGGUUUUCUGAUUUGCUUUGGCAGCCUUUCUCCACGACGACAUUUUAAUUUUAUUAAAUUGUAAAAGUCACUAAAGAUAUUUAUUUAUUUCAAGCUAAUGUUAUAAUUUAAUAGAGUAUCCAAAAACCUAACCACCACACGUGCGUAUUUUUGUUGUGCUGUCAACCUUUUUUUUUUAUUAAAGUUUUUUUUUAAUAGUUUAACGGCCUUGGAUGAUAUCCAUACAGCCAAUUCUUCAUUAUUAUGAGUUCAUUUCAUAUUUAUCUUUGU